AUGAAGCUCAUUACCAUGGCAUUCUCAUUUCUUCCAUUCCUAGCUUUUUCUGUCUUCUUCAUUUUUAAUCCAUGCAUUGUCUCUGCAACAUCUACAGACACAAACUUCUCGUGUUCUGCUGACUCACCUCCUACCUGUCAAACCUACCUCACGUAUCGCGCCAGGUCACCAUACAUGGAUCUCGGUAACAUAUCUGAUCUCUUUGAUGUCAGUCGCCUAAGUAUUGCAGAAGCUAGCAAUCUCACAUCAGAAAAUCAAGACAUUGUUUUUAAUCAGCUUUUGUUAAUACCCAUCACCUGUUCAUGCAAUGGGAGUAUUUAUUUCUCUAAAGUCACGUAUUCAAUCAAGAAAGGCGAUAGCUUUUAUGUUGCUGCAACUUCUGUGUUCCAAAAUCUGACUGAUUAUCAUUAUGUUCAAGACAUGAACCCUUCUCUAAAUCCAACCAAUUUGACAAUUGGUGAUCAAGUGGUGUUCCCUUUGCUAUGUAAGUGUCCUACAAAGUUACAAAAAACUCAAGAUAAAUAUCUUAUCACUUACAUAUGGCAACCAGAAGAUAAACUAUCACCUGUGAGCUCUAUUUUUAACACAAGUUCUUAUGAUAUUGAUAAAGAGAACAAUUUUCGUAACUUCACUGCUACUGUUUGUCUUCCAGUUCUUAUACCAGUCUCUGAAUUGCCAAUCUUUCCUCCUCCACCUCACCUUGAUAAUCACCUCUCUGAUGUAAAAAGUCAAAAGUCAAAGAAGCUUCGGAUAGUGUUUAUAGCUUUGGGAACUAUCGGAUCUUUCUUUCUUUUUAUCCUGUUAUUGUUUUUGGUUUAUAAAUAUCGUUCGCGUAAGAUUAAAAGAAUCAUAGCACGUAACGGGUCUUCUUUUGAGUUUACUGAUCUUUUACAUAUGAAGAAAGGUUCAAAACUUGAAGGUUUUGAACCCACGAAGAACAAUCAAGAUAAGUUGCUUCCAGGGGUUUCAGGGUACUUAAGCAAACCGAUUAUGUAUGACAGAAAGGAGAUCAUGGAAGCAACUAUGAACUUCAGUGAAAGGUAUAGAAUUGGAGGGUCUGUUUACAAGGCUGUAAUUCAAGGUCAGAUUGUGGCUGUAAAGAAAUUUAGAGAUGCAACAGAGGAAUUGAAGAUACUACAGAGAGUAAACCAUACAAAUCUUGUGAAGUUGAUGGGGAUUUCAUCUGAUUUUGAUGGGAAUUGCUUUUUAGUGUAUGAGUAUGCUGAAAAUGGAUCACUUGACAAGUGGUUGUUUCCUUUAUCUUCAUCUUCUUCUUCGGGUUCUGUUGUUUUUCUUUCAUGGUCUCAGAGGUUGAAUCUAGCAUUAGAUAUUGCUAAUGCUUUGCAAUACAUGCAUGAACAUAGUCAACCUAGUAUUGCUCAUAGAGACCUCAGGACAAGUAAUAUACUUCUUGAUUCCACUUUCAAGGCCAAAAUUGGAAACUUCUCUGCAGCUAGACCUGCCAUAAGCUCCAUCAUGUUAAAAGUUGAUGUAUUUGCUUUCGGGGUUAUUCUCAUGGAGUUGCUUUCAGGAAAGAAAGCCAUGGAAACUAGAGAAGAUGGAGAGAUUUGUAUGUCAUGGAAGGAAAUAAAGAAGAUUCUAGAAGUUGAAGAAGAGAGAAGAGAGGAGAAUCUAAGGUUGUGGAUGGAUCCAAAUCUUGGAAGCUUUUACCCUAUUGAAGGUGCUUUAAACAUGGCAGUAUUAGCUAGAGCUUGUACAUCAGAAAAGUCUGCAAAUAGACCAGGAAUGUCAGAGAUCGUCUUCAAUCUAUCUGUUCUUGCUCAAUCAUCUUCUGAUAUGUAUGAAAGAUGUUGGACUUCUCCUGAAACAGAAGAUCCUCACCUCAUUAGUCCAGUUGUAGCUCGUUGA